UCUCUGUCCAUGAGGCACAGAGCCAAGGGAGAGAUGCUGCUGCCGGGCCGGAAGGCCGCCCGUGAUCACGGCUCUUGCUGGAACUCCCUCCUCCUCCUCCUCCUCAUCCCACUGUCUCCUGGACUCACCCCAAUGCAAAAUCGCCUUCUGAGCAUUUGUAGCGAAAUCUCUGGAUUUUGGAGAGGAAGCCUGGACUCAGAAUCCUCCUAGGGCUUUGAAAGUUCGUCUCCAACCUAAGACUAUCCGAGAGAUAUUUCUGAAGACUACCCUAACGAAGGUGGUGGUGAGAAUUCAAACAGAAAAGUUUGGAUGGGAUCAAAAAUGAAUCUCAUUGAACACGCCCACUUACCUGCCAUGGAUGAAUUCUCUCUUUCUGACAAUUUAUUUGGUGUCCUAACAGAACAAGCAGCAGGCCCUCUGGGACAGAAUCUCGAAGUGGAACCAUACUCACAAUACAACAGUGUUGCGUUUCCUCAAGUUCAACCACAGAUUUCCUCAUCUUCCUAUUAUUCCAACCUGGGUUUCUACCCCCAGCAGCCUGAAGAGUGGUACUCUCCUGGCAUAUAUGAACUCAGGCGGAUGCCUGCUGAGACUCUCUACCAGGGAGAGGCUGGGGAAGUAGAGAUUCCUGUGACAAAGAAGACCCGACUGGGUGCAUCAACAGGGAGAAUAAAAGGGGAUGAGCUAUGUGUCGUUUGCGGAGACAGAGCAUCCGGAUACCAUUAUAAUGCACUGACCUGUGAGGGGUGCAAAGGUUUCUUCCGGAGAAGCAUUACCAAAAAUGCUGUGUACAAGUGUAAAAAUGGGGGCAACUGUGUGAUGGACAUGUACAUGCGAAGGAAGUGCCAGGAGUGUCGACUAAGGAAAUGCAAAGAGAUGGGAAUGUUGGCUGAAUGUAUGUAUACAGGCUUGUUAACUGAAAUUCAGUGUAAAUCUAAACGACUGAGAAAAAACGUGAAGCAGCAUGCAGAUCAGACCAUUGGUGAAGACGGCGAAGGACGUGACUUGCGACAAGUGACCUCAACAACUAAGUCUUGCAGGGAGAAAACUGAACUCACCCCAGAUCAACAGAAUCUUCUUCAUUAUAUCAUGGAUUCAUAUAGUAAGCAGAGGAUGCCUCAGGAAAUAACAAAUAAAAUUUUAAAGGAAGAAUUCAGUGCAGAAGAAAAUUUUCUCAUUUUAACUGAAAUGGCUACCAGUCAUGUACAGGUCCUCGUAGAAUUCACAAAAAAACUUCCAGGAUUUCAGACAUUGGACCACGAAGAUCAGAUUGCUUUGCUGAAAGGAUCUGCAGUUGAAGCUAUGUUUCUCCGUUCAGCUGAGAUUUUCAAUAGGAAACUUCCGGCUGGACAUACUGACCUAUUGGAAGAAAGAAUUCGAAAGAGUGGUAUCUCCGAUGAAUAUAUAACACCUAUGUUCAGUUUUUAUAAAAGUAUUGCUGAAUUAAAAAUGACUCAAGAAGAAUACGCUCUGCUUACAGCAAUUGUUAUCCUCUCUCCAGACAGACAAUACAUAAAGGACCGAGAGGCAGUAGAGAAGCUUCAGGAACCACUGCUUGAGGUGCUACAAAAGUUGUGUAAGAUUCAUCAGCCUGAAAAUCCUCAACAUUUUGCCUGCCUCCUGGGUCGCCUGACUGAGUUGCGGACAUUCAACCAUCACCACGCAGAGAUGCUUAUGUCAUGGAGAGUGAAUGACCACAAGUUUACCCCGCUUCUCUGUGAAGUCUGGGAUGUGCAGUGAUGGGCACUGCAGGGGGGAUGUCUAGCUCUUCAUUUUCCUCCUAAUAUAAACCUGAUAUAUAUAACGUUCCUUUAUUUCAUUUGCACCUGGUUUCACGUAUGAAAUAUUUCAUCAAUAUUUAUGUGGUAGUUAUAUAACCUCUGCAAUUGUAAAUAUGGGGCUAGGCUGAAAUACUUCCCCUACCUUGUAAUUUACAAGGCUAUAGGGACUCUUUCAUUCGAAUUGGCAUGCCCCGUUUGCCUAAUUAAAUCAAUCAUUACUUCAAGUCUAUCUGUCGAAAUAGGGAAAAAUUUCAUUUUACUCUUCAUCUUAGCUUAUUGCAUAUAUUUUAUUAAAGAAUUUUGUUCAAUUUUGGCAAUAAACUGAACAUAAUGGCAACAGGCUUUUCUUUGGGAACAAAAUUUGGAAAGUAAACAAACUUAUUUCUUAAAAAUGACGAAUGGCAUCCUAUUGAGUCUGAGGGAGUAAUUUACAAAAAGAUAAAGUCUUAGAACCAAAAUGGUGCUUUUCUCAUCCCUAGAAGUCCUGGUGACUAUUCAUUCAUUUAACAGCCCCCUGAUCAUUUCAUUUUCUUUGUAGUUCAAAGAAAAGAGCGUACAGAAGAGUUAAUGAUUCUCACAUAAAUAUUCCCUGGAAACAAUCCCUUUUUCUCCUUAGGGUCUUGAGGCAGCUUUUUCAAAUUCAGAGUACACAGAUAAUUCCAGUGAUGGGACAUUCCCCUUUCUCUUAAAAGUGCUCACUAGUGGCUUUGGUGCAUAUAAUUAAUCAUUUUGUUUGUUUUGCUUUUGGAAAACACUCCUUCAGCUGGGUGCACAGCUGUUGUAAACUUCCCUCAAAGCAGGAAUUAGUUCAUUUCCUUCCUUCAUUGUUAUACUGUUGCAUUCUUCUCCCCAUCAUCUUUUGGUGAAUACAAUAAAACACCUUCUAUAAGUAA